AUCAGUAUCUUUGGAUAAGAUAUCACUACCCACCACCUUAAUCAUUCUCUCUAAUGGCCUUGUCGACACGUAUUAAAGCUUAUGAUCGUGCCAAUUGACUCACCUUAAUCAUUCUUUUAGUAGCCUUCUGUACUUUGCAUUGUGCGAACUCUCUGGUCCCUCUUUCUCUUAGUUGAUACCGAAGGACGUUGGAUCCGAAGGACGUUCCUUGUUUCUGAUCGUGAUGGAUCUUGGGAUCUUGAUUGGAUGUAAAAGUUGGCGUUUUCGGGUUCAACUUCAACUGAAGUCGUCGAGGUAUCAGAAGGGUUGCCAUUUAUGGAGCUGAAACUGUUUGAUUCGCAGUCUACUACAUUAGCCCACAUGGGAAGAUUAUACUCGACCUCGGUCAUGAAUUGGAGGGACACUCUGAGUGUCAGGGUCUCUCCCUUGUUUUGUUCUUGCAGAGGUUCUUCAGUUAGAACUGCUUUGUCAAGUACAUCAAACCAUCCUCAUACUACUUCAAAUGGGGCAUUGAGUUCAUCUGGCCAACGGGUGACAGAAUCUUCUUUGUAUCAUACUAGCGGGACAAACGGCAUAAUCUCGAGUGUUUAUUCAAGAGAUCUGAGAGUGCUAGGUGGCAACGAUGAUGAAUAUGGAGGAUUUGUGGUUGAUCCGGACAAACUACCCACCAAUCAAAAUGCCUUCGCUUUGAUGCUUCGUUCCUCUCUUUCACAUUGGAAAAUGAAGGGAAAGAAGGGAAUAUGGCUAAAGUUGCCUCUGCAAAUGUCUGAGCUUAUUCCAAUUGCUGUGAAGGAAGGAUUCAGAUACCACCAUGCAGAAGUAAAUUACGUGAUGUUGACGUACUGGUUACCGGAAGGGCCAUGCAUGCUUCCUGGCAAUGCUUCUCAUCAAGUUGGUGUUGGAGGCCUUGUCAUCAAUGAAAAGGAUGAGGUCCUUGUAGUGCAAGAGAUAUACUGUUCUCCAGCGUGUGUUGGUCUCUGGAAAUUACCGACUGGAUUCAUUGCUGAGUCAGAGGAGAUAUUUGAAGGAGCUGUAAGAGAAGUCAAGGAAGAAACCGGUAUAGAUACUGAGUUUAUAGAAAUAAUCGGGUUCAGGCAUGCGCACAAUGUAGCUUUCAACAAGUCAGAUUUGUUCUUCAUUUGCAUGUUAAGACCUCUUUCGACUCAAAUAUCUGUCGAUGAUGUCGAAAUUCAAGCGGCCAAGUGGAUGCCAUUGGUCGAAUUUGUAGAGCACCAACUCAUCCAAGGCGAUAGAAUGUUCAAGAAAGUAAUCGAUAUUUACAUUGCUCGGCUGAGGAAACAGUAUUGCGGAUUGUCUGCUCAUCAAUCAGCCUCCAAGUUCGACGGCAAAGAAUCAAACUUCUACUACCAUGUAAUUGACUCCCAAGAUGAUUGUGAAGCCUGCUCAGGCUAGCAGGUCCACCUCCAGGAAGCAGCUGAUGUACCUUGCUCAUUGAUGAUUUUCCAAUCAUGUACCAUCUCUAGCUUUCAAUGUCUGAGUAUGAAAUAGUUGCUUUCCCAUUCGAGAUGUUCCAGUUUCCUUAAAUACUGGAGCUGAUAAGUCACAGAGGGAUGAAAUUAACAAGGUAUCCCUGUAAUGUAAUUCUUUCUUCUCA